AUGGCCCCCAAAGAGCCGGGGGCGCCCCAGGAGAAAUACAAGCUAGUGGUGGUGGGAGGGGGCGGCGUGGGGAAGAGCGCCCUGACCAUCCAGUUCAUUCAGUCAUACUUUGUCUCAGACUAUGACCCCACAAUCGAGGACUCCUACACGAAGAUUUGCACCAUCGAUGGGACUGCGACCCGGCUGGACAUCCUGGACACGGCCGGGCAGGAGGAGUUUGGGGCCAUGCGGGAGCAGUACAUGCGCACGGGGGAGGGCUUCCUUCUCAUCUACGCCAUCAAUGACCGCGGCAGCUUCACCGAGAUCAGCAAGUUCCACACCCAGAUCCUGCGGGUCAAAGACCGGGACGACUUUCCCAUGAUCCUCGUGGGCAACAAGGCCGACCUGGACCUGCAGCGCCAGGUGCCCAAGGAGGAGGCGCUGGCCUUCGCCCAGGAGAAUCACAUCCCCUACAUGGAAGCCUCGGCCAAGAUCCGCCUCAACGUAGACGAGUCCUUCCAUGAGGUCGUCCGAGCCAUCAGGAGGUUCCAGGAGCUUGAGACCCCCCCUGCUCCUACUGUGCACCCCACAACUAAAGAGUCCAAUGGCUGCCCCUGCUGCAUCCUGUGA